AGUGUUUUGCUAUUAUGUUACAGUCCAGAUAACUCUGAAUUCAUUUCCCUUAUUCUUUCAGCUGUUUUUCAAGAUCAUAAUGCAGCAGAAAAAUGAAAAACCAUAGAAGACAUUUGCUUUGGAAAAGAAGUCAGUUGCUGGCCCAGCCUAGAAAAUGGACCACUGGAUUUGGGGAGCUUGGGAAAUACUGCUUCCAAAAGCAAUUUUUCCUAGCUAAGAAGAAAAGACAGAGUGCUCAGCUAAUUGUGAGCUUAAAUCACAACAAACUGUACAGAAGACUGCAGUGCAGAAGGAAGGCACUUGAGCUCCAAAGGAGGUGGGCUCCUGAUGUGCCUCUAAAUGCAGAAACCUAUCAAAAACCUAGUGUUGAACCAUACAGCUUUCCUUACAAAACUACUGAGAGCAAAAGGAUCCUGUCCCUAUCGCAAAGCCGAAAGCCCAUCUGGAGAAGCAGUAAGAAAACUCAACAAUGAAUCCUUUCAGAGUGAAGAUCCUCUGAAUGAAGAAUUUGAAACUGUUGCUAUUCUUAAUAGCAUCUCUGGCAAUAUCCAUUAUGUCUCAUGUGGUAUGCUGGAUGGUGCUGCCUUACCUGUAAGGAGAGGUGGUUUUGUGUGUAGCGGGGAGGAGAGCAAUAAUGGUGAGGGCAACACAGUCCUAGUAGUUUUAACAACUAUAAAAGGAAAUGCUGUUGCAAAGGGAGUGGAAUGGAACUUGUGGCCCCUUGACAACUAUAAAGAGGUCCAAAUUUAACCAUCAUACUGUAAAAAAGAGAUCUUUAUUUAUGAUGCAUAAGAAACUUUCUAUGGUUAGGUUUCGGUAUAGAAUUAUAAAAUCCCCGGAACUUCGAGCAAGAGGCAAAACCUGCAAAUUGAGAAAAAUCAAGCCAAGGUGGGUGGAGAAAGUUACGAGGGACCACCAAGAGACGUUCCAGCGGGAUUUUGAAAGUGGAUUGUGUAAUUGGCUUUCCUACUGGAAAUCUAAAAGUAACCGUCUUUGGAACCGGUACAGCUUAUCAGAUAUGAACAAUAAUACACCCAAAUCUUUAGGUGAGGAGAACGAAAUAUGUGCACCUGAGAUCUGCUGUACGCAGGAUGCAUUACCGUGUGCUGAGCCGUGUUCUGAGGAGCCAGAAUCUGGAGGGCAGGAUGGCAGUGUGGAUGCUGUCCUGCCAGAACUGCAUGCUAGAGCGUCUCCGGAGGCAGAGACCUUGCACCAGGUGGAGACCAACGGGGCUCUGGCAGAGGAUCAUUGCUCUGACGUUUUUGUCUCUGUGACAGGAAAAGAAAUUGCUGUUUCAGGUCAAGAUGACGCAGAAUCUAAUGAGGUUGUGGGUGUAGAUGGAACGAUACUGUUGCAAUCCUCCUUGCAGGAUUCUGAUGUCGAUGAUAAUUUUGCAAAUGGACCUUUAUCCAUGGAGCUGGCACAAAAUGAGGACAGCUCUAGCCAAAUGGAAGUAGAGGGCUCCUUAAACAUGGACAUUUUUAGUGCAAAGUUACUAGAUCACCCUUAUUGUAAAAGUCCUCUUGAGGAGCCUUCACCAGAAAGCACAGGACUAAAAUCAGGAACUCGGAAGGGAGGCAAAAGGAUCAGUCAGAAAGCUUCCCGGGUGGCUGAUGAGCAGUUGGCAACGUGGCUUUGUGGAUUCCUAGAUGAAGUUAUGAAGAAAUAUGGCAGGGGAGUUCCACUCUGUGAAAAAGAUGUCAUGGGAAGAUUAAAAGAAGUCUUUAAUGAAGAUUUCUCCCAUAGAAAACCUUUUAUCACCAGGGAAAUCAUGAAGUAUCGGGAAAAACAUCCAAAAACCUCCACUUGCAAUUUCCGGGUCUUCUAUAAUAAGCACAUGCUAGAUAUGGAUGAUUUAGCUACACUGGAAGGCCAGAACUGGCUGAAUGACCAGAUAAUUAACAUGUAUGGUGAACUCAUAAUGGAUGCGGUCCCUGAAAAGGUUCAUUUCUUUAACAGCUUUUUUCAUAGACAGCUCGUAACCAAAGGAUAUAAUGGGGUAAAACGAUGGACUAAAAAGGUGGACUUGUUCAAAAAGACUCUCCUGUUAAUUCCUAUUCACCUGGAAGUCCACUGGUCCCUCAUUACUGUGAACAUCCCCAAUCGAAUUAUUUCAUUUUAUGAUUCCCAAGGCAUUCAUUUUAAGUUUUGUGUAGAGAACAUUCGAAAGUAUUUGCUGACUGAAGCAAAAGAGAAGAAUCGCCCCGAGUUUCUUCAGGGUUGGCAGACUGCUGUGACAAAGUGCAUUCCACAACAGAAAAAUGACAGUGACUGUGGGGUUUUUGUGCUCCAGUACUGCAAGUGCCUCGCCUUAGACCAGCCUUUUCAGUUCUCCCAGGAAGAUAUGCCCCGAGUGAGAAAAAGGAUUUACAAGGAGCUGUGUGAACGCCAGCUAAUAGACUAAUAAAAUGCAACCAACCUAAUUUCUCUGGCAUUUUUGACAAGUUGCAGCUGGUGUUUGUGUACUUGAAUUUCUGAAAACUUCAGUGAAUUUUGAGCGAAUCUCAGCUGAGUGGUGUGGCCACUGUUGUUACCUCAAUUUUUUGACAAGCUCUUUAACUGGCAGAACAUUACAGACCUGCCAUAAAAUAUUCCUUAUGUCAGUUUGGUUCUCUUAUGUUCUUUCCUGUAUUUAAUAUUUAUUGUCUCAGCAUGCAUAUAGGCAAAGCAUGCAACUAAACCCAUAAAACUGUAGAUUUGGUGCACCUUUGAGAUGUAGCUAGAAAUGACAAAUACAGGUGAUUUUGUCUGGAAACAUAAAGAUGCAUGAUAUGUUUUCUGAUGCAAUAAUGCUUUGAAUGUAUCAAAAAAAAAAUCAAUGCCAUAAAAAGAACAGCUAGAACCUAUUUGAUAGCUCCAUUGUCCCUGUUGUGGCUAUAUAAUACUGAAUUACCACUUUUUAGGGUGGCUAAACUCAUCUACAGAUUUAAUUUGUGGAGACCCCUUUUUUAAAUAGUUCAAGUUGCUAAUAAAGUUUGUUCUGUUAACAUUUAUCCAGCUGUCAUUAUCAGCCUCUCCCUAUAGAUAAAAAGCAGCCUUUGCACAAAUAAAGCUUCAGCACUUGUCUGUAUAAUAAAAAGUACAAAGGUGUUCAGUCACAGAUUGAUGGUAUGUUCCUAUAUGCUGCAGAAGUCUCCAUGAUGUGUUUAUUAAGGAGAAUUAUAAAGCUGGCCCUGAAGAGUCACAACUUGGAUACUAAGAUAAACUCCUUGGCUGUAACUGUUUAAAUCUCAGAUGGCUUUGACUAAUUUUUCAGUUCCACAAUAUGCAGUGAAAUGUACCAUUUCGGCAUCUCUCCCUUCAGCUCUGUCUUCAAAUGAACUCCCUUCAAGCUUGUCGUGUUUAACCUCCCAUUGGCUUUUGCCUUUGUUCAAAUAUAAAUUAAUUCAUUUCUGCUGCAUCCGCUGUUUGAUUGUCUCAAACGUCUCUAGUUUUGUUUGCGUUCAGUAGCACCGAGGGGUCUGGUUGGGAAUAAUAGCACUUCUGGUGGGUGAUACACAAACACAACAAGAUUAUGUCAUUCUGCUCCAGUGGGGCGGGAGGCUGGGAGUCCAGCACUAAACUUUGCCAUGCUGUUGCACUGGACAGGGAUAAGUGAGAGCAGUGAAUCUUGAGGCUUUUGGGUUUUGCCUUGAUCUGUAAACUGUGAUGUGCUCCUUGCUGAAGAGAGCUAGUUUUGUUUGAAGAGACUGUUGUAUGGGACUGCUACACCAGAAAAUGUCGUCGCUGUGUUUUUCUGCCAGAUAAAGGAGUGAGCCCAGAGGAAAACUAUUUUUAAUGCUAAACAUCAUCUGUUGCACAGCUUCACUUUGUGUCUGUCCGUAGCCCUGACUUCUGAUGGAGGAAAACCACACUGAGUUCCCUGUCUUGCAAAUUAAUUCAGGCUUGAGCUAAGCCAGGUGCAAAUCCGUCCUAGAUUAUGGGAGGGAGCAGGGAGAAGCGAGAGUGCGCCAAGUGCAGUCCGGAUGGGAGAUGGAAGCGUGUGCACGCUGUGUUGUGCUAGAGAAGGAGGUCCUGCAGUAUCCUUGUGUGUUCCCACUUCCCCUUGUUGGCAGCUGGCAAGGACUGGCUUAAUUUAGCAAGAUAAGGAAGGUCUUAAGCACUUGCUUAGAUAAUUUAAACGAGGAACUUAUUGAAUCAGAAAGAACAUUAAGACCCAGACUGGCUAAACAUACGUUUGCCCAUUGUAUGGUGCAGAGCACCCCACAGCAUGUGGUUUCUCGGUGUUUCCCUGAAGCGUUACUGAUACAAACAGCAGCACCUUCUUGGGGCGAGUGACUGUGAGCAGUGGAGGGUGACGUCCAUGAAAAUUGAAACUUGGGAUUUAGUUUCUCAUGUGCUAGGGUAGAACGUGUAAGCCAGUGCUGCCAUUCUUGUCGUCUUUCUGUACUGCUAUCACAUGAAUGGUACAAAUACUUAAUGCUGCCAUGUGGUGGGACCAGCUGAACUGAUCCACGUUAAAACUAACCCAGCCAAAAGGCUGCUGUUAACCCAGAGGACAGAGGAGUUCUCGAUGUAACUUGUCACUGAAUGUGUAUACCAGCGUGAACAGAGGGAGAAUUGGGUGGCCAGGAGGAGACAUGAAAGCAGUGCCAGCUUUGGAUGCAUGCAAGUGAAGCUAUAUCCUCAAGAAAGGCUCCCUGCAGAAAGAGAGUGAAAUACAGAAAGGGAACUGCAUAAGCAAGCUGCCUUUAUUUUCAGGACUUAAGCUAUUUGGUAAGGAAGCUUGAAAAGUGUGCUGUGACAGUGUACCAGCCUGGGAGACUCAGUGCCUCCAAGGAAGACCUUUAUUUUUUGUGGAAGUUGCCUCGUUGAUGGAUAUUUUUUCACUGCAUCAGAAUGUGUUGGAGCACUGGACCACAGGUAGUCCUUUCCUGAAGCUUGGUGCCUACUACUGGUUGAUACUACUGGUUGACUCCUCCUCUAUAGGAGAGACUGGGAGGAGUCUUUAAUUGUGAUCCCUUUAUCAGUGGCAUCAGUAAAAGGACAGUAUUUCUGUAAACUUUGUGUUUAACGGGAACAUGGAUGCUUUGAAGCAAGUGCAUAUGUGUACCAGAUCAUUUGAGGGAAGUGGGGCUUGCAUUUGAAUCUGCUGCCUCGUGAACUGAGGAACAGGGUGGGGAAAUACGCAUGUUGGAAAGUACUUCUUAUGUGCUUUCUUGUCAUCUAGACGUUUGCUGACAAGUGUUCCACUUGGUUAUGGGGCAGUACAGAGGAGUUGCACUUGAGUCUCCAGCUGUGAACACACCAGUGAGAGGCCUCUGUAAAAAAAA